UAACACCGACAGAGAUAACGUGUUAUCACCGUAAAAUGAUAAACGGACCGUGUCAUCGGCCGUCGCGUUGUAGCGCGUCCAAAAUCAUUCGGUAUUCGGUUCGAAAUUGGGAAAUGCCGAUCAAAGGGGCUGCUAUGCCGCCCAUGUUGAAAAUUCUACGUGGGAUCGCCCUCGGUCAAGCCUCUACUUUGGAAAGCCUCUACUUUGGCAUUCUGAAAAUCAGCUCGUUUCACAUAUAAAAAAAAAAACAAAAGUUAUCGUCUUCAACAAGGAUUUUAUCGAGUUAUAUUUUUAUUAACAUUUUUAAUUUAAAUUUAAAUUAAAUAUUUUACUCUCUGAAUCUAGUGCAAACUGUUCAAUUAAAUUUUAAAUUAAAAAAAAAGAAACUAACACGAAUGCCGGAAGCUAAAGAAAAAAUAAACUCAAGAACUUAAUAGUGUUACAUAAAAAUAAUUUUAUCUAUUAUUUUUCAGUUUUUUUAAGAGUUUCCUUAAUAUAAAUCACUCGAUUGAUAUUAUUACCUUGUAAUUUCUAGUUUACCAAACGAAACAAAAAUUUCAUAUUCGUUAACUAGUAACUUCAUAUUAUUUUAUUUAAUUUGAACAGAAAUCGUAACUCGUCCAGUCUUAAGAACUAACGACGUCGCUGACGACAGAUCAGAAAAAUCGGAAAAAUCUUCAUUCAACAAAACAACUUAAUAAUCAAACUUUUGUAAUUUUUUUUUUGACAAAUAUUUAAUUAAAUAUGAGAUUUAAUUGGCGUUUUUUUUUACGAACUUAUCUGUUAUUAUUGUGUACAGUUGGUAUGAUUCAUGAAUUUAUUUAUUUGAUCAGCAGAGCCUAUUAUUACAUUAAUAUUAUCCGUGAAUUGUUUAAUUAUAGAAUGAUAAUUGUUGAGUUUAAAUUUUAUUAAUAGCUUUUUGUUUUGUGUAUUAAUUAUUAACGCUAAAAUUUGGCUUCAGUAUAGUUGAUAAUAUUUGUAUACAACAAGUAUUGUAUCGUUGUUUUUAUUAUAAAAUUUAAAAGAUAAAUUUUAAUCAUAAGUAGUCCAGUUACAGACAAAUGUGUAAAUUUGUUUUCCUCCAUCAGAUAAUUUGAGGAUUUUAAUGGCGGUGUUAUUGAUAUAAGUCAACCACAUAAUUAAAAUUGUUCUCGGAUACCUGUCGACUGUUGAUUUACUUUUAUAUAGUAAAUUUGGAAUUGAUUGAGAUGAAAGUUUGGGAAACCCCCCUCUUCGGGUUUUCCUUAAAAAAAAUUGUUUAAUACAGAUCAGUAUCACGUCGCCGGCAAUACCGUCAAGUAGGAAAAAUACCAAAUAGGAGAGUAAGGAAAUAGCACAAACACGUGUUUGUAUCUCGUGCGUUACAGUCACAGUUUUCUGGACACUAUCCAUUCGCAUAAUGGAUCAGCAGCAGCAUACAGAUAAGCAAAACGACAUCGGAUACGGUUUAAAACUGAGAUGCCAAACCGCAACAGCCAUGGACAUUAACCAUACGAUAAAAAUGUAUAGACCACCGCCAUGCAUGAAGAUCGAUGGUUAUUCACGAAAGAAGAACUAGAGAAUACACCUAGUAGAAGGUAUGGUCUCGACCUACAGAAGGAGAUGUUGUACCGACAGAUGGCGGCCAACCUUAUUCAAGACAUUGGUCAAAGACUGCAGACUACCCAGUUGUGCAUCAACACGGCCAUCGUGUACAUGCAUCGUUUUUAUAUGUUUCAUCCGUUCGCGAUCUUUCAUCGCAACCCCACGGCCGUGGCGUGUCUUUUUCUGUCGGCUAAGAACGAAGAACAACCUCGCAAACUGGAACACGUCAUCAAAAUGUCACUCAUCAUCAUACAAAAGCAACAAGGACAAAACACCAACGCCGGCAUAGACACCAAGUCAGAGUACUUUGCCAGUCACGUAAGCGAUCUGUUGUACAACGAAGAGCUACUGUUGAAAACACUUGGUUUCGAGAUUGCCGUCGAUCAUCCGCACACCUACAUCGUCCGGUGUUGUCAUAUGGUCAAAGCCAGCAGAGACCUCGCGCACACCGCCUAUUUCAUGGCGUCCAACAGUUUGCACCUGACCACCAUGUGUGUUCAAUACAGACCCACGUUAGUGGCGUGCUUUUGUAUACACAUGGCGUGCAAAUGGUCCAUGUGGGAGCUGCAAGACAGUACGGAGGGCAAACCGUGGUAUUGGUACGUCGACCAAAACGUUACCGCCGAACUACUAGAGCAGAUGACUAAAGACUAUUUCGCCGUGUUCAGCAGCUGUUCUCCCAGGCUGAAGAAACGGCUAAACGCUUCCAACGCAACGGAUUCAAACGGAAUGUUGGUCGGCGACAACGACAGCCCGCUGGGAGGGCCCGCGUCGAUCAUACCUCAUCCUACCGUAGAGUUCCGACCUCCGACCAGAACGAAUAACGUACCGACAGAUCUAAGAUUUGCUGGGACGUCGUUCGGCACGGCUCCUGGAGUAUUGUAUCCGGACGGUCGUAUCGAAAAAAGACUGGCGGUUCCACACAUUACUUCCGGCACAAAUCCAACUCCGUCAUUACCCGUUACUGGAACGUCGACGGCUCUAAACAGUUCACUCAAUAAAGCCAAGCUUCCUAGCACUGUUGUCGCUAAUACGGAAGCGGCAGGCCAAACUAUACCCGCACAGGACACGUAUCCCGCAAGCCGGCCCAGCUAUUCCCAAGUGACAUCAAUGUAUCCCGUGCACCGCGAAAGUUAUUCCCAAGCGAUACCGACGCAUUCUACGGGUCAGUCACGUGGCCAAUCUAAUGCCACAUUGACGUAUCCCGGGAACCCUGGAAGCUAUUCUCGAGGGAUACCGUCGUAUGUCACGGGCCAGUCCCACGUACAGUCCGAAGCGACAUCGGUAUAUCCCGCAAACCGUGGAAGCUAUUCCCAACCGAUGUAUUCCACGAGUCAGACCCACCACCAGUCUGAAGCUACAUUGACGUAUUCCGGAAGGCGGGACAACUAUCUCGAAGUGACAUCGUCGUAUUCCGAUGCGAUAACGAAUUUAAUAAUCGAAAUGACCGAUCAAAACAAUUUGGGAAAUUUAGCAGGUGUAAACGAACCUCCCGAACUGGAGUCACAGCUAAAAGCCGAAGAAUCUUCGAUUAUUCUCCCGAUUCUUCAGGAUCAACCUCACGGUGUGAACUCUCGUGGUGAUGAGCCUCACCAUGACAAUCCCUGCAGCAAUGAACCUCACCAUGAAGAACUUCGUGAUGUUGAACCUCGGGAUCCUAAACUCAAACAUCAACCGCAAAUGUCUGUAACCGCACUAGAUACUAUCGUUAUAUCGUCAGACGAAUCGUCACCAGUACCGGCCGACACUGUUCCUGUACCUGACCGGGCAGUCGCCGACGAAACGGACGCUGAAGCAAAAUCGCGAAAAAACAAGAAAAAGAAAAAGAAAAGUAGAGAAGAAAAACUGGAGAAAAAAAAUCGUAAAAAUAAUAGAAAACGCAAAAACGGAGAUCAUCACGAAAACGAAGAUAGUAAUAAAACUGCUGAAAACGUGCAAAGUGUACCCGAACCGAUUAUAAUAACAAUUCCCAUAGAAAAGAUCAAAGUUAUGCCACCAGUUUUAGAUCUGACGUCGCGCCGUGGAAUCAAGUUGAAAAUAGCGAAAGGAAGAAUCGAAGAAGAUGAUGCAUAUUCUAUUAAUAGCUUACAGUUAGAUUUGGGUGAAGACGAUUACGAUACGAAGAAAAAACGCAAUUCCAAUAAAACCAGCCGCAAGAAAAACAGAAAUAAGCGAAAACAUAGCGAUUCCGAUUCUUAAGUGCAUCUUCUACUGUACAAUAUUAUACGUGUAAGUCAUCGUUUUCUGAUAACCGUUUCCCAACCGCAGUGGACAUUUUGUGUGUAGACGAUAUUUAUAAACUAUCAAUAAUUUUAUUUAAAAAAGCAAACAUAAUACUGUAUUCAGUAAGAGGUUCUCAAAUUAAGCGUAUAUAUUUAUAAGCCGUUUGUUGAAUUUGUAGUUUUUUACAUUUUUAAAAUAAAAACAAAAAACAAAUAACGUAAGAAUUUAGUCAUUUCUAAAGAAAUAGAACAAAAUAGUACAAAUAACGAUGAUAGCAUUUUGUGAAAGCCUAUCGUAGACGUUCACUGAUGAUUUUGGUUGUAUUUAAAGUAUCAAUCUACGUAAUUAAUCAAAUAACUAAGAUUUAUGAAUACCUAAAUAUAAUUUUGUUAACAGAUACUAUAUUAUAUUUUCCCCGAUACGUCUUACUGUAAGGUUUUUAAUUUCCCAUCUUCGCUACAAUAUAUAUAUAUAUAUAUAUUUAUAAUUAGUAUUUUAUAUUUAUAUUUUAAUUUAUAAUUCUUUACACGUGAUAAGUAAAACAUAUUAGUUUGUUUAUUAACAAGUAGACUUUUUAGUGAAUGCCUGAGUACUUAACCAUUAACUUAUAAUAUUAUUUAUUGUUUAGUGAUGUAUAAUACCUACCUAAUUGAUUUUGUGAUAACUGGCUAAUAUUAUUAUAAUUAUCUGUACCGUAAAUGACUAUUGUAAAUAGUAAAUUAUAGUUGACUGAGUGAAAAAUUAUAUUUUCACAAUUGGUAUAAGCCUACUUUAUGUUAUUAAGUACUUGAUGUAAUUCACAAAGCUCAUAAAAUCUAUACAUUUGCUAUUUUUCUGUACCUAUUUGCAUGUAUGUAUCUUUUUUUAUUUGUAUUGUCUUAGAUAAUUGAUAAAACUCGUAAAUGUUUUAAUAUUUGAUUAAGUAUAAUUAAUUUUGUAACUUUACAAGCGAAAUAUAUGUAAUACAUUUUAUAUAAAAAAUAAAUGUAAGCGAAAUAUAUGAUUAUAAAAUAUAAUCCCUUGAAUAUUUUUAAACGACCUAACUUAUAGACUAGCAGAUAGGUGUAUUGGUUAAGUUAGUCUAAAUGUUUUAAGAUUGUGAUUCGACCAGAUGCCCCCAGUAUUGGCAUAAACUUGUCAGAAAUUUACAUUUUCCAAUAAUUUUUAACUUAUUUUAGUUACCAUUUGUACUGUAAAAUAAUACGAUAACGUACAAAUAAUUAAUUAAUUUAAGUACUCUUAAAAAUGAAUUACUUUAACUAGAUUAGUGGUCCGAGUAACCAUAAAAAUUAGUUUGUCUCGUGUUUUUGAAAAACCAUAAUCUUUGUAAAAAAAAAAUUUUCUUUUUAAUAAAAACUAUUUAAUUACCUACUAUUUUUUAAC